AUGACACACAUACCACUGCGCUACCAACACUGGGCCUAUGUCUGGAUCCCCGUCGCCGCCGCCGCCAUGUGGUUCUCCACGCUGCUCGCGAUGCUCAUCGUGUGGCUCGCGUCGGGGCGCCCCAAGUACGUCUCACAGGAGGGCUCGAUCGCGUACAUCUCAGACGUCGGUGCGGACAAGCUCAAGCCCCUCUUCAUAACCGGAUGCGCGAUUACAGGCGUCGGUUUUUUCUUGACACUCGUGACUGGGCGCCUAUUGCGGCACACAGGGAGAUUGAUGCCCAAUAUGCGCAGACGCGAGCGCGUGUUCAGCAUACUUGCCAUUAUAGGCUCGCUCAUUGGCGCCGUGGGGCUCCUGUUUCUUUCCAUAUUCGAUACCAAGCGCUUUUCGAGGGCCCAUCGUGUAUUCCUUUUGGUCUUUAUUGUUGGCGUUGCGUUAAGCGCCAUCUUCUCCAUUAUGGAGUACCGAUGGGUCAGCAAAGACUUUGUGGACCAAUCAAGGCUCCGGAUCGCAUACUUCGCUAAAGCAAUCAUAGCCAUCACUCUAAUUAUCCUCGCUAUCGCAUUUGGUAUAACGCUAUUUCAUGCCCCCGACGCUGGAGCGGUAUUAGAAUGGAUCAUUGCAUUCGGGUUCACGUUUUAUCUCCUUACUUUCUUCUACGAUCUCCGUCUGUCCAAAAACGUCGAAAAAGGAGAAUUGAAGGCACUUGCACACCCCAGCCGAACUAACAUACAAAAUGACAACCAAAUGGCCCAAGUUAUUUGA